AAGGGCGGGCGGCGGCGGCGGCGGCGGCGGCCCGGCUGGUUUGCCUGUUGCUGGGGAGCCGGGUGGGGGGCGGGCGAGGGCGCGCGGGCCGCCGAGGCUCAGGACAGCUUCGGGGGAGAGGAACCGGGAGCCCCGCGCCCCUCGUGCCUCAGCCCGGCUCGCCGCCCGUCCGCGUCCCCCCGCGCGCGGGCCUCGCUCCGGUACGCUCCCGGGCUUCGCCACAGAUCGCCUUUCCGGCUCGGGGGGCAGCCAGCUGGGGCCAGCAGCCCGGUUGCCCUGGUAACGCGGGCGUCUGUCUCGGAUCGCGAGGGGGCCCCGGGCCGGAGCGGCGGGGGCUUAGGAGCCAAGCGCGGCUUCGGGCCCCGGCCUUCCUGGGAGCGCGGGGGCGGGGCUGACCACCUGUGCGCGCCGCCCCGGGAGAAGGCGCCGCCCGCCUGCUCGGGUCCGACCGCGCCGGCCGCGGAGGAAGCCGAUCUGUCACUUGUCCUUAGCGCAUCCCGCCAUGAAGCCCAACUUCUCCAUGAGACUGAGGGUUUUUAACCUCAACUGCUGGGCCAUCCCUUACCUGAGCAAGCACCGAGCGGACCGCAUGAAGCGCCUGGGGGACUUUCUGAACUUGGAGAGCUUCGACCUAGCUCUGCUGCAGGAGGUGUGGAGUGAGCAGGACUUCCAGUACCUGAGGCAGAAGCUGUUGCCCACCUACCCAUCUGCACACUACUUCAGGAGUGGCAUCAUUGGCAGUGGCCUCUGUGUCUUCUCCAAACACCCAAUCCAGGAAUUCACCCAGCAUGUCUACACUCUCAAUGGCUACCCUUACAUGAUCCAUCAUGGUGACUGGUUCUGCGGGAAGGCUGUCGGGCUGCUGGUGCUCCAUCUAAGUGGGCUGGUCCUCAAUGCCUACGUGACCCAUCUCCACGCAGAGUACAAUCGACAGAAGGACAUCUACCUAGCACAUCGUGUGGUCCAAGCUUGGGAACUGGCCCAUUUCAUCCACCAUACAUCCAAGAAGGCUGACGUGGUUCUGUUGUGCGGGGACCUCAACCUGCACCCAAAGGACCUGGGCUGCCGCCUCCUGAAGGAGUGGACAGGGCUGCGUGAUGCCUACCUUGAGACCCGGGACUUCAAGGCAGUUUCUGGGUUCUACAUCUCCUGUAAGACUCUCAAAACUACCACAGGCCUUGACCCUCACAGUGGCUCCCCACUCUCUGAUCAUGAGGCCCUGAUGGCUACUCUGUGUGUGAGACACAGCCCACCCCAGCACAACCCGAGCUCUACCCAUGGACCAGCAGAGAAUUCACCAUUGGUCACUGUGCUCAGGGAGGCUUUGACAGAGCUGGAUCAGGCUGUGGCUCAGGCUCGUCGGUGGGCCACCUGUGCUGGCUACGUGAUUGGUCUGGGGCUGCUUCUCUUGACAGUGCUGUGUAGCCUGGCAGCUGGAGGCGGGGUCAGGGAAGUUGCCAUACUGCUGUGGACCCCCAGUGUAGGACUGCUGCUGGGGGCAGGUGCAGUCUACACCUUCCACAUGCAGGAGGCCAAGGGCUUAUGUAAGGCCCGGGCUGAGCUCCAGCAUGUGCUGGGAAGGGCAAGGGAGGCCCAGGACCUGAGUCCAGAGUCUCAGCCAGCCUUGUCCCUGGGUCAUCAGGAAGGGAACAGGGCUGAGGACCAAUAAAACUUGGCACUUGGA